AUGCGCCGCUGCCCCCGCGGCCUCCCCCUCUUCGUCGGCCCCCGCCGCUCCUCCCACCAUCAGCAGCAGUCCCCGCCGCCUCUUCACCCGCCGGCCAUUCGCGGGGAGGAGGAAGAGGCGCGCGCGUGGCUGCAGGAGCACGUCGACCGGGCGGUGGCGGAGGGCCGGCAGCCGCAAGCCGUCGCCGCGUACUUCGACGGCCUCCUCGACGACCGCCCGGAGCUCCGCGCGUACGUGCGGGACGCCCGCCAGCAACUCGGCGGCACCGACCCACGCGCCCUCACCGCACACCAGCAGCGCACCGCAGCCGACCGGCUCGCACGCCGCAUGAGUAGUGACGCCGCCGCCCGAUUGUUGCGGGCACACAACGAGGACACACACGCACGGCAACACGCACACGACGGCACACCCACAGGCGAGGCCUAUUGGGUUGAAGCAGGCGGCACUCUCGCAUCUCCCGCUGUGCCACGACGUGUGAAGGAUGAGGUGCUGCGUGAUAUGCAGGCCGAUAGACAGGCAACGAGUCCAGCUUUUGAUGAACCGCCAGAGACGGCAACACUCGCUGCCAAAGAUGCCAAUUUUGCACAGCACCUCCGAGAGCAGCGCCGACGUCUCCUGCGCCCUGAUGACUGGCUCGACUAG